GUUUCAAUCAUACAUUUACUGCGUGACUUACAUCAUAUCAUACGAGGGCAAAGUUGACAAAAGAUUUAGAAAGAUGGUUGGGAAAUCAGAGGAGGAUGUUGUUUACAACUCUAUGACAGAGGAUGACCCUAAUUCUAAUUCCGAAGCAUCUUCCACUGCAAAAGUGAGAUGGGGACCACAGCAUGCGGGUGCAAAGGAGCUAGCCUCCCAUUACUCGACGGGGAAAAGAGUACAAGAAACCAUUUGUCUGACAUUGUGUAUUGCAUUAAUGGUCUUUAACCUCAGUCAGUUGGUGCUUCACUUUAAAUCAGAAAAUUGGUACAUCAUCCUGAUUUGCUCAUUGUUAGGAAUAGUAGUUGCUGAUUUCUUUAGUGGACUGGUUCACUGGGGAGCAGACACCUGGGGAUCUAUAGAUAUUCCAGUGAUUGGCAAGGCUUUCAUUCGUCCCUUUAGGGAACACCAUAUAGAUCCCACUUCCAUCACAAGACACGAUUUCAUAGAGACUAAUGGUGAUAACUUCGCCGUCACCGUCCCAUUCCUUGCUCACAUGGCCUAUAAGUUUGUUACACUGUCUCCAGAGGAAAUUGACAAGACGUACAACUGGGAGUGUUUCGUUUUUUUACUGGCCAUUUUUGUCAGUCUUACAAACCAGUUUCACAAGUGGUCUCACACAUAUUUUGGAUUGCCCAAAUGGAUAACUUUUCUCCAAGAUGCACACCUUGUCCUACCGAAAAAGCACCACCGCAUCCACCAUGUGUCACCCCAUGAGACCUACUUUUGUAUAACCACGGGCUGGCUCAAUUACCCAAUGGAGAAAAUCGGCUUUUGGACUUUUCUAGAAGACCUGAUUGAAAAGACAACCGGAAACAAGCCAAGGGCAGACGAUCUUAAGUGGGCCAAGAAGUGUUGAUGAUGGAUAGUACUUGUAUUGGUUAUAUUUCCAUGACAUGAUUAAGGAAUAAGACUGGAAAGUAUCCACCUUGUUUUGAUGGAUAAUAAUCAACAACAAAAAAACAAUUAUCACCUAACGAGAAGCAUUGGUGUGUAAUUUAUUUUUAUGAACUUUGAUAUUGUGAAAGCAGAUAUAUACAUUUGAACUUUGGUAUCUCGAACACAGAUAUCUUGAAUACCAUGGAUAUGUCAAAGUGAUUCGGAAGUCCCAACCACUUAUUGAAACAAGUAUUUUACCCUUGAUAUAUCGAAUCCUUAGAUAUCUUGAACGUUUUUUCUCUGUCCCAUCGAGUUCGAGAUAGCAAGGUUUGACUGUAUCUUAUUAUCAGCCUAGCAAAAGUUGGAUUGUAUGAGCAGUUGUAGCAGAAGUCUUAAGACGUUACAUUUUUAUAAAUGAUUUAUUGUGAUUGCAAAUACUGAUAUAUGUGCAAUAGAUAAAGAGAAAAAAAAAUUCUAUAUGUAACAUGCUUUUAUCUCGUGAAGUUUAUGGAAGUAUUUUUGUAUCAAUUUUACCCAUGAAUUUAGGUUAGAUAUAGAUAUAUAUAUAUGUUUAACAUGUAUUUUGUACCCUGAAAUCAAAUUAAUGAAAUUUUAUUUCAGAAUGGAUAUUGAUGAUGCUAUAUUUUUUUUUGUGUUGAUAAAACGUUUUUUGGAGGGGGAGGUAUUGAUAAGAGGGUUUCAGUCAUUUUAACUGAACAUUCUAAGGCAUUAAUGUACAGGUGCUUAGCACAUUUAAGAAAAUGUUAACACGUUGAACUGAUGAGUUGUGGAUAAUUUAUAAAAUUUUUGUUUAUUUUCUGUAAUACAAGAGUAGUGAUCUGAGCUGAAUGAAGUACUGGUAGGCAUAUCUGUUUUCCUUCUAAAAAAAAAAAUGAGGGCACAAUUGUUGAUUUUUCUGUGUUAUUUAAAGAUUGACGUGUAAUUAUCAGGUGUUAUAUCAUAGAUAAGCUAAGUUCAUGCUUUCAAUGUCGUAUGUAAACAUGUAACAAAGUACAGGCUGAUCAGAGUUCAGUUUGCCUGACACAUUUAAUGUAUUCUACAUUGGCUGGAUCACACAUGAUUUACCUUUAUACACAUGUACCUAACUGUAAACAAGUCUCCUACAUAUAUUUGUUGGCAAUUACCUGGUAGUUUUACAGGUGGGCAUUGAUUGUAACCAACAAGAUGUUGUGCUGCAUGCUCUAGCUGUUGAUGUUUAAGAAGUGAAUUUCAUUUUUGAAAAUACAUGCAGGUAUGAACUGCGACACUUCACACCAGCAUACUUCAUGAACUACGUCAACACUUCAUGAACUACGUCAACGCUUCAUGAACUAUGUCAACGCUUCAUGAACUACGUCAACGCUUCAUGGAGAGUAUUUCAAUGUGAAGCAAUGUAGUUCAUACUCUCCUGUAUUUUCAGAAAUGAAAUUCAUUUCUUAUAUGGAUAUUCUACUUUCAUUACUGUCAGAAUUCCCAGCUGAUAAAGUAGACAUAUACAUGUACUAUAUUUAUCAGGGCUCAUAUGUUCACAACUGCAUCGCAUUCACGAGGCAAUGGCUACAACUGGUAAAGAUAUCGAAGAAAAAAACAUUGUAAAUGUGAAUAUUACUAGAUUUUUUUAGACAAAACAAAAGUAUGGAAAUAUUCUAUGUGUCUGUGAUCUUGUGUGGGGGAAAAUAAUAAGGCAAGGGAAGUAACUUCAGAUCUUUCUUCUUUUUUUUUUGAUCAAUCAGUGAUUUAUUUUCAGUUUACAUGCAUGCUACGUACAAACAGCUUAAUGUGAACAAAACCUUUUCAUGUGUGCCUUGCAUUUUUGUCAAUAAAACGUCAAUGUGAA